CUUCACGAGCCAUGGUACAUCAUCCCAUUCUGCCCUCCCUCCUCUCAUCCAUCCCCUCAUCAGCUCUUACCCCCUAUCUGCUUUUAGGUCGUUUGUCCUUCCCACCCUAUUUUUUUUGUCCUCUUUUUUUUUUAAGUCAGCAUCUGCAUCAAAAAUGUUAGUCGCGCCCACGAAGCCAAAGGUCCUGAUCAUCGGUGCCGGCCUGGGAGGUCUCACCAUGGCCAUCCUCCUCGAGAAAGCCUCGAUCGACUAUGAGAUCUUCGAGAGAUCUGCGGCACCCAGAGCUCUGGGCAGCGCCACCUCGUUGACGCCCAAUGUCUUGCCGCUACUGGAGCAACUGGGACUCUUGGAGGGACUGAGGCAGAUCUCGAAGAAGGUCCUGGGAUGCGGUAUUUAUCAAGAGGCACCUGAGGGUGAUCUGAGCAAGGUAGGCGAGUCCAACGUCUCCGAAUACGAGGCUGUCUGCGGGUACCACUCCUUCAUCAUGGCCAGACCAGACCUCCACACACUCCUACUAUCACACGUCCCCGCGCACAAGGUCCACUUUGGUAAACGGGUCCUGUCGAUCUCUCAGGACGAUGACCAUGGGGUCUUGAUCCGCACCAGCGACGGAAAGACCCACGAGGGAGAUAUCCUGAUCGGGUGCGAUGGCGCCUACAGUGGUGUCCGUCAAUCGCUCUACAAGAACUUGGCGGCGGAAGGAUUGCUACCGGCUUCGGAUGGAGAGGAUAUGAAGGUCUGUCAUAUGAGCAUCCUUGGAACUACAGAGCAUGUGGACCCGAAGCAGAUACCUGCAGUUGCAGAGGAACUCAGUCGUUGCGAUGCUAUUAUCGGAUAUAACAAACCCCAUACUUGGAGAUACUUUGCGGUUCCAGGGGACCGUAUCUGUUGGCGCGUGGAUGUACAACUGGACUCCAAGACCUUCACACACACGGAUGCGUUCAAGAAUUCGGAGUGGGGGUCAGAAGCAAGCGGCUCAAUCGAGGAUGACUGGCGUGCGUUCAGGGUUCCGAUCGGAGGCACGAUCGGAGACCUGAUCAAUUUGACGCCUCAGGAGUCGGUGUCGAAGGUGAUGCUGGAGGAGAAGCUGUAUACGACAUGGUAUCAUUCCCGGACGGUCCUGAUGGGCGAUGCAUGCCACAAGAUGCUUCCGAAUGCUGGACGAGGUGCAGUGAACGCGAUGUUGGACGCCGUGAUCCUCGCCAACGCGAUCUACGAGAUCGCAGACGACGCGACGCCCGAAAACAUUCUCGCGGCAUUCAAGGGAUACUACAAGGAACGCUACGCUCACGCAAAGACUGAUCUGGAGUCUAGUCAGUUCGCCGCCAGACUCCUUGCUGGACAGUCAUGGACAGACGCAAUCCUUCGAAAGGUGCUGUUCAAUUUCAUGCCGACAUCACUCCAGCGAAAGACGUAUGAGAAGACCUUAUCAUAUAGACCGCAGGCUAGCUUCCUACCAAAGAUCCCUAACCGUGGUACUGGACCGGUCGUGGCACAGAAGGAAUCUAAACGAUACGAAAGGGAGCAGGCCAAGGAUGCUUGAAAAGGAUGAGGGGGGAACACCAAGGAGACGACAGAUCCAGAAAAGAAAAUAACCAGGAUCGAAUGCAUUUUUUUUUUUUCCUUCACUUGAGAUAUACCGCAAAAUAAAAUAAUUAUCGGCAUGAACUAGUUUUUGAG